AUGAAAAAGGUUGAUUAUGAUCUUUUAGUGAUUGAUAAUAUCAAUAUCACUAAAUAUCGCAAAAUAAUUAGAUGUAAUUGUGAUUCAACGGUACAUCAUUUAAAAUAAAAGCUAUCCCCAACUUAUAAUAGUAGCUUUGCAAUUAUAUUUAAUGAUGAGAUUUUGACAGAAGGAAUGCUUCUUAAAGACAUAUUAUCUAAACAUCUGUAGAAUUGUGUUAUUAUUAAUCCAAUAAACGAGCCUAUGCCUGAUUAGAUAAAGAAACCUUCAUUAUAACUAAAAUAAUUCAUUAAAGACAAGGAGCAAGAUGAAUUUUUAGAGCCAUAAAUAGAUUAACCUUAACUAAAGAAAAUUCUAGAUAAUCCAAAUCAAUUUUCAAUAGAAUAGGAUUAAAUAACACCUAAAUGUUGUCAAUCUUGUUAAGUUAAAAAAUAAAUCCUAUGUAAUUAUGAAAUAUCAAUGGAAAGUCUUUUAAAUGAAAAUGUCGAAUUAAAAAAUUAGAUUUCAGAAUUAGAAAAAUAAAAUAGAAUUAGUAUUUAUAAGCAAAAGCUAUAAUAAUAAUAAUAAAAAUAAUAUAAAAAAUGA